GUCAGAUUCACAUUAAAAAUGUAUGUGGUUGUGAUAUUAUACAAAGCUGCUUUAUUUAUUUCAAUAUAAUAAUACAGAAUCGUCAAUUGUUUUUGAAUUAUACAAUGAAAAACAACCACUGAAGUCCGCAAGAUAUUAAAACCUUAGAAACAUUUUGUAUAGUACUUCUGAAUGCCUCGAACGGCACAAUGUCAUAUGGACAAGAGGAAGGCCCAGUGUACUACAGGGAAAUACAGAAGAAUGCAUACCUCAAGAGGGUCCCUAAUGAAACUAGCGGGAGUAAGCUGAGACCUUUGGGUCAUAAGAAAGUUCCCCUUAAAGCGAUGUGGACAUUAUUCUGCGUACACAAUGGUCGCACACCAUUCCUAGAGCAGUAUCCCGAGCCUGAAUCUCCAGCGACCCUCGCACACAAGCCUGUGUGGAGGGCCUGCCUCCGUACGGCCAGACAUGUGACGGCCAGCGUGAAGCCGAGGGCAGGCGUCGAGUAUGACUUCCUGAUAGACACUGAGCAUGGACCUGUCAGGAUGAUAGCCCCAGAUUGGGAUGCCAUGCAAGACUGGGUGACGACGCUCCGCAACAAAUUGCACGAGCUGAAGAUACUGUCGAAGGGUGAGAACGUGUACUGCGCUGCUCCGGCUGCUCCCGUGCCCCGGGCUGCCGCACGGGACCCCACCAGCCCGCUGCCCCCCACGCCCCCCGUGCCCCCCGACAGGGUACCAGGUAUUGAAUUGGUUCCGUCCAUACGUCCGCCCCCUGAAGAGCCGCCCCCAACUCCCCCACCCCCUCAACCGGACCCUGUGGAUAUAUCGAACUGGGAUGAGAACCCACAACCAAGUACCAGCCAGGAGACGCAACAGCCGAGGAGUGUAACCAAAAUCUGUGGUCAGAACAUUUGCUUGGACGAUUCUAUAUUGAAGAGAAUCACCGUCACUGAUAGUGAUGAAGAAUUCUUCGCAGAAGUGGAUAGGAUACACGCAUCCGCCGAUGAUGAAUAUGGUGAUGAUAAUUCUGAAAGUUUCGGAGAUCAGUUUGAAGGUUUCAAACAGACGCUCGUUGUGGGGGAUGAUGUACCUGCUCAGUCGAGUGGGGCUGAAAAUGUAACGAGUGAUCACCAAGCAACUAACAUUACGGUCAUCCAAGUAUCAAACAAACCGCCCCACACAGCUAUACCGGUCCUUGGUCCAGAAACUAACAUAUUCAACUUCAAUUUUGACCAAAAGCUGACAAUACAACCUGAUCAGCCCUUCAUCAACAUUGUUAACACUGAAGUCAAUGUUACCACACCAGAAAACAGUUACGGCACUGUGUACAAAGACAAUGAGUAUGGCCACUUGAGUUUGACAACGACUGUCAAUCUGACAGAUGCUGUCAAACUGACAGACGCUGUCAGUGCGACGGAGGGAGUUUACGAGAGGUUGUGUAUGGCAUCUACAUCAACUGAAAAUCCAGUUAACAAAGUUAUAAAUAUUGAUAAAGUUAGAAAAUCAUCGUUACCCAAUUUGGAUGCGGAAAGUACAUAUGAAUAUCUGUUUCCUAGCAAUAACAACAGAACGAACAUACAGUUAAGGGUAGAAGAAAUUACUAGUAAUCCAAUUGAUACUACUGGAAAUGUAAAUGAUCAAUUAAAUCCUGACAGUGGGAGUAAUUCCAAUAGUAAUGGAAUUAAUAAUUGUAAUUCCAACAUCAAUGGAAUUAAUAGAGAUAAUUCCAACGCUACUGAAGGAAGUACGCGUGAGUUUAAUCGUAGUGGAAGAGAAUUAGAAGUAGAAAAUAGACCGAGGAAUGUUCAUGUUAGUGUAUCUAAUACUGCGCCAACGGAAAAUGAGUCUACAGUGAGGAUACUAAGGUCGAAUGUUGAAAGAUCGUAUAGUCAAAGUGCCUAUGAUACAUCGGACAGAAUGAGACAGCAUCUAAUUAGAAGAGCGCAGAAUAGUAGCCCUAAAAGGGAUAACAAAAAUGAUAAAUCUGAAGUGAAUCAACCCAAACCGAUAUGGAAGCGUGGAUUAACGGAACUGUCUUUAUUGACACGGCUGAGGGGUAUAGGCAAUGGUAAACGGCACGAGAGCCCAACCAGGCACGAAGUGGAACGCAAUGAAAGCCAACAUGGUGUGACGGCACCGGGGCCGGUGGUUCGUCGGUCUCGGCCAGAGGCGAGGGUCGACACUGCGAGGAGAAGAAGCAGCUCUUUAAAUAAUGGCGCGGCUCCGUCGCUGGCGACGCUGCGGUCGCGGCAGGCGGCGGCGCUGCGGGCCGACCUGCGGCGCGGGGCCGCGCUGCCGGCCGCCGCCGCCGCCCGCGACCCGCCGGUGUUCGCGGACUACGACGCCCGCGUGUGGGUGGCGCGGUGGGGCGGCGGCGGGUGGCGCGCGGGGGGGCGGGCGGGUGACCGCGUGGCGGCCGUCCGCGGCACGGCCCCCCGGGACGCCGCACACGCGCGGAUGCUGUUCCGGGCUGAACCCUCGCAUCAGGUGGACAUGCUGUUUUAUCGUGUGCCUUUAGGAAUUAUUUACGUAUUAAAUAGAAGAGAGAAUGAAAGUUUAGGUAUAAAGUUGGACGGCGAGUGCUGCAUCGUGUCGGUGGAGCGCGCGUCGGCCGCGGGCCGCGCGGGCGUCCCCCCCGCGGGCCGCUGGGCCGUCACGGAGGUCAACAACCGCCCGCUCACGCUCCUCAAGGGUGGUGAAGAAGAAAUGCACCGCCUCUCCAUGCACGGCUCGGAGAUAUCAGUGCUGAUACAGCCUGCGGCUCUAGUCAAGAAGCUGCGUGCAGCCAUCAAAGCUAACAAGAACCUUAUGUCAAUGCGAUAAGGUUCAAUUUAUAUUAAUUAUUUUUUUCAUUUAAUAUCUCACUGGCAUCUAUAGAUUCGGAAUCUCUAAUAAAAAGUAUUCUAUUAACCGACUUUAAAGGAAACUAAUCUCAAUUCAAUUGCGAUUUUUAUAUAGUCGUCGCAGUUGUUGAACCGAUUUUUAUGAUUUCUUUGAUCUUAGAAAUAUGCUGGUAAUUAUUUGACCAAUCUAUGUAGGGGCCAUCUAUAAAUGACGUCACACGAAUUUCGUGAUUUUUUUUAAUCAAUUGUGAAACUAGUCCCCUUCAUAACCCAAAAUGGAAUGGAGAUUGUUGAGGGAGUAAUGUGGACUGAUGACCCCAUUGCUAACAAUGUCAGGUUGACCUCCACGCGGUUCCCUCUGGAAACCAUCGUACAGCGCAGACGGAUACACCAUUACAUUAUCAUCUAUUAAUGAUAAUACAAAUUUCGUGUUUUAAUACUGACUUAAAUGUAUUAGAUUUUGAAAAUUGAAUCUCGAAAUUUAUGACUUUUGUGACGAGUCCACUCCUUUGUCACACAUACUAUGUCACACUGCUUACAGCCUCUGAUUUGUGACUUAAUUUAUAGAUGAUCCCCUAUCUAUAUCUAUAUUGAUAAGUCGUUAUUAUUAUUACAAAACGCACAAAAUUAUACUUUUAUAUAUAUAUACAUAGAUAGACAUAAUAUUAACAAGUUUGUCAUAUGUAUGAUACGCAAUACAAAAAGGUCGUAAGUUCACUGUGGAAUGUACAGAUAAUUAUAGACCUUAUGCUUGACGGAGGAGCGAACAGUUUCCUACAUCGGCCUGCAUGCAAGAAAAUAAUUACGAAUGAGAAUAAAGCAAGAAUUUUAAGGGAAUUUCUUCUACUUAUGGUCUGAGGCAUUGUCAAUUGUUUUUUACUUGAAUAAAAAUAAAAAGAAUAACUUUUUAUAAUGAAAAUAUUGUCUUUAUAUACAUUUUUACAGUUUUUUUUAUUAAUAUACAAUAAAACAGUAUAUAAAAGUAGUCUUUAACAGCAUACAAAAACGAAAGCCAGUAGUUGGUACUCUUUUCUUUUAUAUUACAAUGGUGGCAAACAAGCAUACGGCCCAUCUGAUGGUAAACGGUUACGCUGAGGGGUGUCAUAUCCGCGUUGGUGAUCCAUAAGAAACUUUAAUUUUGAGUUAAAAUCAAAUUAAUUUCUAUAGUAACGAAAACUAGUCAUAGUUUAUUAUGAAAAGUUCAAAGUCAUUUACGAAUUACCACCUAAUUUCUUUGUGAACGUGCAUUAGUUUGAUUUAGGGUUGCCAAACCCAAAUUAAAAAAAAUAGUAUUGAAAGUUCAAAAUAACAGGACUAACCAGUUAAAAACAGAACGCAUUUAUAGUUAUAUUAAUAUGUAGUAAAAUUCAAGUAUUUAAUAUAAUCAGUAUUUUAAUAAAAAGUAUUUGGUAAAAUUAUACUUUUGAAAAUCAGUAAUUAAGUGGCGCGGAUAUUUUAAAAACCCAGGACGCUGCCAAAUAACUAUUAUGGAUUUCCCAGGACACUGCAAAAACUAGGACAUGUCCUGAGAAAACAGGACGGUUGGCAACUCUAGUUUAAUUAUUAUUCUACCUGGCUUUUUGGUUUUGGUACUUUUAUGGACUAACUUUAUAUAAAGUGUUUUUAUAAUACAAUUUUUAAUAAAAAUUUUAACACGACGUGCAAUUUUACUAUUGUAAGCAAUAAUAUUAAGACUUAAAUGUAUACACAUCACUAGCAAUAAUAGAAUAAUAGCUUAUUUCUUUAUGUAAUCAAAUCAGAUAGAGUAAGGAGAAAAAGAGGGUUCCUUACACCCCUCAAUAAACCCAUACAAGAAUUAUUAUAAUAUUAAAUACAAGAUUAUACAUUUAUAUAACUGUUUUCGGGAAUUUAAUAAAAAAAAAAAC